AUGAGCCCAUAUCAAAUCUACUUGCAGACUCGAAUUACAUCAUUGAAUUUAUUUAGGCCUUUUUUGUCGAAGAAAUUAUUAUUGAAUAAUCAAGAAUUCGAAUUCUUAUGCAGAAGCUCUUACAAAAGCACGAAUCAAUCUAGAAGAAAGAAUAAUAUGGUACUAAUUACUUCUCAAAAGCUUAAGAAAUGUUUUGGGAUAGUAACUAUGAUUGGUCCAAUAAAAUCUUUCAAAAAACAGAAAAUUAUCUACAGUCUCUCUUUACCAAAAUCAGGAAAUAUAUGAAGUUAUGACAUCUAG